AUGAGGAAACUGUGGGAGAUGAAGAAAAAAGAGGCUGAGAGAGAGAAAAGUUCUUCAGGAAUUAGUCCUGCUCAAAUUCGGAUUCAAAAAGACAUUUCAGAACUGGAUGUGCCCUCUACCAUGUCAACAAGCUGGCCAGAUGUGACCAAGCUUCACGAGUUACUGUUGGAAAUUCGCCCAGACGAGGGGUAUUAUCAUGGUGGAAAAUUCCCGUUUUCCAUUCAUAUUGGUAGCAAUUACCCGCAUGAUCCUCCAAAAGUGCGAUGCUUGAAGAAGAUCUACCAUCCCAACAUCGAUACACAAGGAAAUGUUUGUUUAAACAUCUUGAGACAAGAAUGGAAUCCCGUGCUCAAUUUAAAUUCUAUUUUAGUGGGACUCCAAUUUUUGUUCCUUGCACCUAAUGCUGAAGAUCCGCUCAAUAAAGAAGCUGCGGCUGAUUUACGCAAUGAUCCUAGAGGUUUUGGAGCACGAGUGAAAACAUCUAUGCAAGGUGGAACUGUGCAUGGUGAUGGUUUUGACAAUGUCCUUCUUUCAUAA